UGGUUGACUAUUUUUGACCAUCCAGUCAUACGCAGUGACGGAUCACGCAUGCCAUACGUAGCGUUAGUUACGAAAUAAAGGACUUCGCUGUGGGUAGCCCAAAUUGAUCUGUUCAGAUUGUCAUUAUCUAAUUUCGCGGGUUCUAGCUAGCUAUCGGUUUCUGAUUGCCUAAUCACUUCCGUCUGUGUGGUUAUUUAAAGUGGCUAACAGGACUAGAAAUGGUGAUAAGGCGGCAUUUUGUCUGUGGUCUGUGCAUCGGGUGUGAUUUAAAACCCAAAGACUUUUCAGGCUGUAGCAAUGUUUUCCCCGGAGGUCUGUCGUGCGGGUUCUGACCAAGGUCAGCUCAUUAAGAUGGUACGGCUAUUGGAAGAUAAGAAACCCGCGACGGCGACCGCUUUCACAGGCCAUGCCUUCCGGAGCCGCGGCCCCCCUCCCCGGCAGCAGACCGUGGCCGCGGGUUACCGCAGCACGGCGGCGGGCGUGGCCUCCAGCGGCAGCGACUCGGACUCCGAGGAGGAGGCAUCGCUAUGGAGACGCAAGCGCCAGCGGUGCUCCAACGUUCCGCCGCCGCCGCAGGCCCCGCCCCCUUCCUCCGCGCGGCACGGGGCCCCGCCCUCCCGCAAGGUGAACAACAUCUGGGGCUGCGUGGUGCAGGAGCAGACCCAGGAGGCCGUGGCGGCGGAGCUCGGCAUCAUGGGAAUGGAGGGCGCAGUGAGCAUGAGCAGCCGCCAGUGCGAGACCUACAACUACGUCCUGGCCCGCAAGCUGAUGGAGAAGGAGCGGGAGCAGGAGGAGCAGGGCGAGGCGGCCAUGUUGGACAGCCAGCUCGACGACUACAUGCAGGGCCGGGGGGGCGAGGGCGAGGGCGAGGGUGAGGGCGAGGGCCGGGGAGGGGCCGGGGAGCAGCCCAAGAGGAAGCGGCCCGCCAGGGACCGCCUGGGCCCCCGGGCGGAGAUGGACUUCGAGGGGCGGUACCAGAUCACGGAGGAAGACCCCGACGAUAAGGUGACGGACGAGAUCGUGCACAGGUUACGGGAGCCCAAAAAGGACUUGAUCGAGCGCGUGGUGAGCGUCGUCGGGAAGAAGAAGGCCAUCGAGCUGCUGGCUGAGACCGCCACGGUGGAGCAGAAUGGCGGCAUUUUCACCAUGGACGGCAGUAGGAGACGGACACCCGGGGGCGUGUACCUGAACCUGCUGAAGAACACGCCCAGCAUCAGCGGGAAACAGGUCAAGAAAAUCUUCUACGACGAGACCCAGAGAGAAACCUCCAGCAGGAAGGCGGCGAAGAAGAGGAGGCGGCACGAGAUCUGCCGGAAGAUGAAGCAGGCCAUCAACGCGCUGGACCUGCAGGAGCACGACGACGUGUCGCGCGAGACCUUCGCCAGCGACACCAACGAGGCGCUGGAGUCCCUGGAGGACCCGGCCGAGCCCGGCCCGCCGGAGCCCGAGCCGCAGUUCAGCCUGGGCGGCGAGGACGCGGCCGUGGUCUACAGCUCCACCGACCUGGAGGUCUUCUGAACGCGCGCUAAGCCGCGCCGCGAGCGCUGCCGAACUCUCGUGCGUGUCCGCGCUCCGAGGGAGAGAACACGAGUCCAUACCGCUUUGUCCCCGCAGCGUCUGCGCGCCACCUGUAAUGAAUUUAGCUGCCAACAGGAAGUGGGGCGAGGUCACAGGAAAUUGCGCGUGUGAAUUAACGCAGUUCUCGUUGAGCGGUUGCGUUGCUGUUGAAUGCCACUGCGCGAACAAGAGGUUUUUUUUUUCUUCUUUUUUUCCCCACUUCAUGGUAACAACACUAAGAUGUAUUCAAACCAACCCUAACGUCAUGUUGUGGCUGCUGCCGUCUUUACGUUCUUGAAGCCUGUUCUUCAUCAUUAAAUUACAGUGAGCGCAGAGAACAGAUAAGACACUUUUAGUUUUUUGAUAAAAGGGCGUGCAGUGGCUUCACCUGCUCAGGCUGGUGCGUACCCCAUUUUCGUGUUUUUUUACUUGGAUGCGUUUCACCCUCGUAUCUCCGGUGAGAUGCUCUGUAGACUGGCACUUAGCUUAGCAAAGACACUCGAUGCACUAACCGUCAUCUCCAGUGCUGUAUACGUUAAAUGCAUAGGUUUUUAUCUUUGUAUUGACCCGAGUCUGGUCAACAGGAGUGUGUCGUCUGUGUGGAAGUGUGUGUGUGUGUGUGUGUGUGUGUGUGUGUGUGUGUGUCGGAAUCUGUUUUUGGCUCAUGUAUUCGACGGCGCUAAUCAUGGUGUAUUCGCUAGCGUUAGAGACCCUGGCCAAGCAGCAUCGCAAUGACACGCCUGUUUUUUUGUUAUUCUUAGGGUUUAGGUUUUUUUUUUCUUUUUCUUUUUUGUAAAUGUACAAAGGAAGUUCUGUAAGAAUGCCACGGCUAUGAUGCUUAUAGUAGCAGGAAGUGGUUUGAUUUAAUUUCUGUGGCCAUCUUGGCUUACUUUGGCUUGACCAACGUAGGAAGGUUUGGAUACUUUUGUGAUGCAAGCGAAGUCUUUUGAAAUCAAAAUAAAUUUUCUUUGCGUAUCUGU